AUGCCCCACCAAGUCCUCACUCGCGACGCCGUUGCCAAGCACAAUGCCCCCGGCGACCUUUGGUGCAUCAUCGACCACAGGGUGUACGACCUGAGCGACUUUACUGACGCGCACCCAGGCGGGUCCGUCGUCUUGGCCCAGGUCGCCGGCACCGACGCGACCACGGCCUUUUACAACCUGCACCGGCAGGAGGUGCUGCAGCGGUACGCGGGGCUCUGCAUCGGCACACUGGAGGGCGAAGCGCCCGAGGUGCUCGAGCCGCAGCCCGGCGACCUGAGCCCCGUGCCCUAUGCCGAGCCGCUCUGGCUUCGGCCUCAGUUCCGCAGCCCCUACUACCGCGACAGCCAUCGCCGCCUGCGCAGGGCCAUGCGCGAGUUUACCGACCGCCACGUCUCCCCCGAGGCCCAGGCAAAGGAGGUCGACGGCACCUACAUCAGCCAGGAGCUCAUUGAUCGCAUGGCCGAGACGAACGUCCUGGCCAUGCGUUUGGGACCCGGCGAGCACCUGCAUGGGCGGAGUCUGCUGGGAGGCGUGGUUGAUGGCAAGGAGUUCGACUACUUCCAUGACUUGGUCAUGGCGCAAGAGGGCGUGCGCGCGAACGCGCGCGGCUUCCAGGACGGAAAUAUGGCGGGCAUGAUGAUCAGCUUGACGGCAGUGCGGCAGUGGCUCGGUGACCGCGCGCUACGCGACAAGGUGACGGAGGAAUGUCUGAGCGGGAAGAAGAAGAUCUGCCUGGCCAUCACCGAGGCUUUCGCCGGCAGCGAUGUGGCUGGCAUUCGCACAACUGCCACCAAGACCCCCGACGGCAAGCACUACGUUAUUAAUGGUACCAAGAAGUGGAUCACCAACGGCAUGUUCAGCGACUAUUUUGUCGUUGGCUGCAAGACGGAAAAGGGCUUUUCCGUCAUCCUCGUCGAGCACGGCGAAGGUGUGGAGACUAAGCCUAUCAAGACGUCGUACAGCACUGCGGCCGCCACUGCUUACAUCGAAUUCGAGGACGUCAAGGUCCCGGUCAACCACCUGCUUGGCAAAGAGCACCAGGGUUUCAAGGUUAUCAUGAGCAAUUUCAACCAUGAGCGGUGGGCCAUGGCUUGCGCGGUCAUCAGGUGGCAGAGGACUAUUGUGGAGGAGUGUCUCAAGUGGAGCAACCAGCGGGUCGUGUUCGGCAAGAACCUUCUGGCGCAACCAACGAUCCGGCAAAAGCUUGCCAAGAUGAUCUCGCACGCCGAAGCCAACCAGGCCUGGCUGGAGCAAAUCACUGACCAGAUGAACCAUAUGACUUACGAGCAGCAGGCAAGGAACCUCUCGGGCCCCAUCGGGCUGCUCAAGUCGUUUGCGACGCGCUCGGCGCAUGAGAUUGCAGACGAGGCCGUCAACAUCUUCGGCGGGCGAGGUCUGACACAGAGCGGGAUGGGCCGAGUCGCAGAAAUGUUCCAUAGGACUUACAAGUUUGAUGCGAUUCUGGGGGGAACCGAGGAGAUUCUAGCGGACCUGGGGGUGCGGCAGGCGAUGAAGGAAAUGCCCAAGGCCAUGUUGUAG